AUGAUUGAGUCCACGGGAAAGGUUGAGUAUAGCAAGUCGAAGACGAUUCCCUGUGAUGGCAUCAAUGAUGAUGAUGAGGAGGAGGCUAGUAAGUACCUUCCCGUGAAGUAUGAAAAAACGCUAGACUUGGAAAAUGCGAAUCAGACCAGUAACGCGGUGGAUGAUAUGGAGAAGAAGUGUCAAGCCGAUGAAAUGAGCAACUCCGCAAAGGAGGCCAAAUCGAAGGAAAUAAAGUGUGUGAACAGUGGGAAGGAAGGAAAUAAGGUGAAUGUGUCGAAGUGCGAGAAGGUGCAGACUGAGGUAGAGUUCUCCAAGACAGACACCCUUGAUGGCGUCACCAUGGAUACAACCAGUGAAGGAGGCAUCCCUCUUUCUCUGAUUACCAAAGUAGGUGUGAAAAAGGCGUACCUUGGAAAUUCCCCUGAAUUUUCGAACCAAGCGGGAAAAGGAGGACUUCCGGAAAGUGGGGACCACAUGGAGGAAGAUGGAGACAACAUGUGCAUGGUUAGGAUGGAUACUGAGCUUUCUUCGAAUGGUAACAUGUACAAUAGAAAUGUUGUCAGUACGAAGUAUUAUGAAACCAUGGGAGGAAGUGGCACAGGUAGCAGCGGGAAAAGCAGGGAUAACGCAGAGAGCGUUUAUCCCAAGGAAUUUUCCUCCAUAGAGAGAAAAGAAGGCGAAGAAAGUUGUUCCCCCUACGGAAUGGACGCGGGUGGAAUGAAGAACAAUGUGGAGCGGGCUUCACUGGGGGCUCUAAGCGUGGGCACGUUUGCAACGGAUUGUAGCAACAUAUCAAAAGAGGAAAAGGAAAUAUUCGCGAAAAUGAUAGACGAUCAGACCAAGAAGAAUAUAAUUAAUGGUGGAAAUAGAAAUGGUGCAAAAGACAGCGAGCCUUUCUGUAUGGGCACGGGGAAUUUCUCCAUCCCGAGUAAGGACAACGCGUAUUAUACCAAUGCGUAUGUUCAUGGAAAGAACGACAACAGCAGUGAAGUUGUGCCGUAUAAUCAUGCAGAUAGUGUUGUGUGUGAAAAGGAAGGUGUACCUACUAAUCCAUAUUCGCAUGGUAAGGACAACCAGAUGGAAGUUACUAAUUAUUGCAUUGGCGGCACAGUCGCUAAUGGGGGAGGGAACCUACACGAUGGUGAUGGGAAGGAAAGAUUGGCCAACUAUCCCGAUAUGUUGAUGGGAAAUAAAUGGAGUGACAAUGUUCGGGGAAAUGGUUUUCAUGGAGGUGGUCAUGAUAUCCAAGACGAAGACAAGUGCAGCACAGAAGACGUAAUCUACAUGGGGAUGGAAACAAGUGGAAGUAGGGGAAAUCAAUACGAACGGGAUAGUACAGAUUGCCUAUAUGGAAAGAAGGACGAUUUGAAGGCAAUUGCUUAUCAUCAGGACAUUUUCAACGAUAUAGAAAAUAUGAAUGAUAGCACCACAGAAUGUUCCUCCUCUGUGAAGGACAUCCCUCAAUUUGUUGCUAAUCAUUCUGGAGUUUAUUCUAAUAGGGUAAUUGACAAGGAGGGUAUUGUCAUCACCUCGGGGCACUUUUCUUCCUAUACGGAUGCUAACAAUUUGGAGUUUAAAAAUUCUCCAUCCACGAAAAGUUUCCAUUUGGAGAAGGAAAAGCAGUUAAUUUAUGACAACAGGGGGAACAUCCCUGUGGUGAGUAAUGGCCCUAACUAUGUUGAAGAGGAGGGAGAAAAAAAUGUAUUUUCUGAACUUGUUGGAGGUGAGCCGAAUAAGGGCGGAAUGGGUGUUUACUUGGCAGGAGGUUAUAAUAAUGAGGCCCUUAUCCCACCAGGCCGAAAUAACAAUCUGUUGGAGAAGAAGUGUGUAAUGAGUGAGAAGAAGGUACAGGGAGGACCGAUUAGCAUGGAGGGUAGCACUCCUGUUGGUGAUAUGACAAGUAGCACCAAUGGUAAGGGAGGUAGUCGAAAUUACAACGCCAGUAAUAGGGAUUCCGUCCACGGCGAGGGGCACAUCCCCAACGAGGCACUAUACAAGAAGAAGAAUGAAACGACGCUAAUAAAAGGCCAACUACCUGAUUAUAGCAGAAAUGAAAAAAAUGAUGAAUCUUUGGAGGAAUAUUUUAAGAGUACAAUUCCGGAGAACAUUUUAAGGAAUAUAAAAUACGAGAACCCAGUUAGCACUUUUAAUGAUAUCGUAAGCAAUAAUACUCAUUAUGAUUUGACUAGCGAAUUGAGGAAGAGCAAUCCAACGAACACGUAUUAUGGAUCCGGUCGCAGUGGGGAUAUGGGGGGGAAUAAAAAUGGGGAAACGAUGAACAACUCUGGAGCGGCAGUUGCGAGCAUGGGUAUUAGAAGCAGAGGAGCAGUUGCGGAAGGGGCAGCUGUGGCGGGAGUACCGGCUAUUGGGGGAAGAGAUGCAUACCAUGUGCAAGCAGACAAGGGAGUGGAUACCCGGGAAGACUCGCAGAUGGCGCGAAGGCAGAACAACGGUAGUUACAACUACAUGGGCAAUAAUAACUACCACGGGAGCGGUUACAACGGGAACGGAUACAACGGGAACAGUUAUAAUGGGAACAGUUACAAUGGGAACGGUUACAACGGGAACGGUUAUAACGGAAUGGUUAACAGAAGCACGAGAGUGUGCAAUGAACCAGAAUCGAAUUACGCAUCAGGUAAGAGGUACUACAUGUUGCCGCCCAAAAAAUGUGAUAGCGUGAAGGAUCAGAAGAACCAGAUGCUGAUGAUUUCGAAGCAGAAAAUUAAGAAAAUAUGGAAUAAGUUUAAGAGCGGUGCAUCUAAAGAUCAGAACCUUAUUCCUACGUUCGAGAAUGAGCAAAAUUUGUUCCCCAACAUGGACGUUCUUCAUGCGUCGAAAAUGCAAGGGCAGGGGCUUAGCCAGAUGGGUUCACAAAUGGGAACUCAGAUAGGUGGCACCCAAAUGAACGCACAGAUAAACGCGCAUGGGACGCCGCAGAUGCAAGCACAAUUAGGUGUGGGCAUACACCCGCAGGUGGCAUCUCCACUGCAUACUCAACUAGCGGGACAUGUGCACAGCGAUUUUUACGGUGUGUCGGGUGGCUUCCAGACGUGCAACCAAGGAGGAGGAGGAGUGAUUGGCGUAGGUGGAGGUUCGUUGAUGAGCCCUUUCAAGGAAUGCAUAAGCAAGCCGAUACGUCGAGGGAGCAAUGUGAUAGAGAAACAAAUAAAAUCCAAGUGUAUAUACAACUGGAAGUUGGCGCAGAAAUCUCUUCUGAAAAUGUUACAUAGUGCACACAACUACUAUUUUAACGGAGUGCAAUAUGCAGAUUGGCAAUUGACAUCUAUCCCGACGUUAGGUUUUUCUAAGUCUAGUAACCGAGUGCAGCAGAUGUACAAAGCGGUGAUUCCUUCAAAGGAUGGGAGCGGUAAGAAUGAAGUGAAGCUGUUCUUGAAGAAGAUCCCUAUAUAUAUAUGGAUCAAACAGUACAACUUAAUGAAUGAAUACGAUGGAGAGUACGUAACAGAUGGGGAGAAUUUCGUCAUGGAGGCAACUUCCUUAGCCUUUUUGAAUGAGUAUCACCCAGGGAUAACUCCCAAGUUGCACCGAAUUUUAUACGAGCCCGAUGGGAAGGAACCAUCUGAGUACAACAUUCCACCUAAGUCCAUGUUUAACAGUUUAGCCUUGUUCAAUGAUAUUCUGACUGAACGCUUAAAAUGCAACAUAAGUGGCAACAUUGUUAUCGUAUCUGAAUUUUUCAGUGAAGACAUUUUAGAUUUUAUCGACCGAAGGCAGAAGAAGUUAAAUAUGAAAAUAAGCAACAAUGAGAAAAGCUACAUUCUAUAUCAGUGCUUGAAGUUACUAAUAAGAUUACAUGAUGCAGGUUUAUCGCACUUAGAUUUAACUCCAGAAAAUAUUUUAAUUUCCGAAAGUUAUGAGAUGCGUUUAUGUGAUUUGUCUAAAAGUACUCCAAUAUAUACGUACAAUUUGAGGCACGUAAAGGAUGUGAAUCGGUUGUAUUUGUUUGAGUCGUGUGAACCUACCAUUGCUAAAGGAGCUUAUAUGCCGCCCGAAUGUUGGAAGAUUUAUUGGAAAUAUGAUACGAUGAAGAUUAAGAAUCCGCUGAGGGAUUUAAAGAACAUCACCGAUCAGGAGAAACGGAAACAAUUUUACUUUGACGUAUCGAGUGCGGACAAGUUUAUGUUGGGUGUCUUUUUUUUUUGGAUAUGGACCAAUGGGAAUUUGUGGAAAUGCUCCGACCCGUUACAGGACGAAGACUUUUUCUACUUUGUCAAGUGCGACAUGAAUUUUGACAAGUUCGAGUUGACGCGCAAGUGGCCGAGCGAUCUGAAGAACAUCAUCAAGCAACUGUUACACGCGGAGCACAGGAAGAAGCUGAACCUGAAGGACCUGAGCAUGCACCCCUGGUGGUCCUGUAAGUUGCAGUGA